AUGAAGGUCUCGAGCGCGUCCCUGCUUGCCGUGCUGCUGCCUGCAGUCAGCGCCCGGUUCGUCGAGAAAGCCGAAGCAAGCCAGAGCCACGUCAGUCUGGACGGCGAGAGCUCCCAGAAGUACUGGAUCGAGCUCGCUCCCGGCGAGACAAGAUGGGUCACAGAGGAGGAGAAGUGGGAGCUGCGCCGAAAUGGCCAGCGCUUCUUCGACAUCACCGACCACCCCAAGCUCGGCAUGGCGGGCGGCAAGGCGGCGGCCAAGAAGGUCUUCAAGUUCCCCAAGAAGCCGACGCUGCAGGAUGAGGUCGCGCCGCUGCUGGCCAACCUGUCCAAGACGGAGAUGGAAGACCACCUCACCAAGUUCUCGUCGUUCCACACGCGCUACUACAAGUCCGACUACGGCCGGCAGUCGAGCGAGUGGCUGCUGGGGCAGAUCAAGAACAUCAUCAUCGCGGCGGGGGCCGAGGCGACGGUCAGCGCGCAGCACUUUGUGCACUCGUGGGGGCAGAACAGCAUCAUCGCGACCAUUCCGGGCAAGAGCAACUCGACCGUAGUGAUCGGGGCGCACCAGGACUCGAUCAACCUGUGGCUGCCCAGCAUCCUGGCGGCGCCGGGGGCCGACGACGACGGCAGCGGCACCGUGACCAUCCUCGAGGCCUUCCGCGUGCUGCUGCAGUCCCCGGACAUCGUCGAGGGCAAGCAGGAGAACACGCUCGAGUUCCACUGGUACAGCGCCGAGGAGGGCGGGCUGCUGGGCAGCCAGGCCAUCUUCUCGAGCUACGAGAAGGCCGGGCGCGACAUCAAGGCCAUGCUGCAGCAGGACAUGACGGGCUUCGUGGCCAAGACGCUGGCGGCCGGCAAGGUUGAGAGCGUCGGUGUUAUUGUCGACUACGUCGACCCCAACCUGACCGAGUUCAUCAAGAAGGUCAUUGUCGAGUACUGCGACAUCCCCUUCGUCGAGACCAAGUGCGGCUACGCCUGCUCGGACCACGCCUCGGCGUCCAAGGCCGGCUACCCGUCGGCCUUCGUCAUCGAGUCGGCCUUCGAGUACUCGGACGACCACAUCCACAGCACCGAGGACCUCAUCAAGUACCUGUCGUUUGACCACAUGCUCCAGCACGCCCGCCUGACCCUGGGCUUCGGGUACGAGCUGGCCUUUACCGACUUUGCCAAGCUGGAGAAGGCCGACGACGAGCCCGAGACGUACAAGAGCGAUCUGUAA